CACAUGCCAACUUCCACACUCUUUCCAUUUCCUCCUCCUUUUCUUCUUUCUGAGAAAAAAAAAUCUUCAUCUCCUUCACAAAUCUCAUCUGGUUCUCAUUCUCUCUCUGCAAAUGCAAUUGCUUUGACUCGGUUUCGAUUUCUCUCUCUACACAUCUCUAUUCGCUCUGCAAAAACAUUGAUUAAUACGCACCGGAAAUGGCAAUGGAAGGAGGAGCUGAAUCGAACUACAAUUCAUCUACUGAAAGUCAGCUUGAGCAAUCUUCUCCUCGCAAAUCUCCGCCUCCUCCUCCUUCUCAAGACCAUGAGGAGAAGGCAACUUAUGUCAAAUUCCUUCUGUCAAAUGCUGAAGCUGGUUCAAUUAUUGGAAAAGGUGGUUCAACUAUCACUGAGUUUCAGUCUCGUUCUGGGGCUAGAAUUCAGUUGUCGCGCAACUAUGAAGUUUUCCCUGGAACACCAGAUAGAAUUGUAAUGGUAUCCGGAUUUCUUGAUGACAUACUCAAGGCAGUCGAUCUUAUUCUUGGUAAAUUGAUGGAUGAGUUUUAUGCUGAAGAUGGUGGCGAAGUGGAUCCACGCUCAAAAUUUAGAUUAGUUGUGCCCAACAGCUCUUGUGGUGGAAUAAUUGGGAAAGGAGGAGCCACAAUAAAGUCAUUUAUUGAAGAUUCUCGGGCUGGCAUAAAAAUAUCUCCUCAGGAUUACAACUUCCCUGGACUGCAUGAUAGGAUAGUUACAGUGACUGGUACUCUAGAAGAGCAGAUGCGGGCAAUUGAAUUGAUUUUAUUCAAGUUAGCAGAAGACCCUCAUUACAUGCAGUCCAUGAAUGCACCAUUCCAGUAUGCAGCUGUAUAUGUCGGAAUGAACUAUGGAUAUGGACCACCAAACAGAGUUGGAGGAAGAUAUCCGAAUAACCGACAGCAGAACAAGGUGGCACCACCGGAAGUCGGGGACAAUUCCAUGACUAUUGGUGUUGCGGAUGAGCAUGUUGGACUAGUCCUUGGCCGUAAUGGGAGGAGCAUAAUAGAGAUCAGUCAGCUUAGUGGUGCCAGAAUAAAGAUAUCAGAUAGGGGUGAUUUCUUGUCCGGUACUUCCGACAGGAAGGUAACUAUAACUGGAUCACAAAGAGCAAUCCGCACAGCAGAGUCCAUGAUAUCUCAGAAAAUAGCUACUGUUUCUGUGAGAGAAUGAAUUUGUGAAAUGCUGAUAUCCAUGGCUGGAGAACACAUUCCAUCUGUGAAGGGGGCAGCAUAAAUUAAGUACAUUUAAGGAAUAUUUGGAAGCAAAGCUAUAGUUUUCGCAAUUGAUUAAGUUGACUGAAUAUAUACCGUUCUAUACAGUCGUAAUUAUCAAUAGCUAGUACUCAGUUCACAAUUUUUGAAGUUCUCUUAUGGUCUGUUACAUACAAAAUAUUUAUUCCUUCCUUACUGAAAGAGCUUAUACAGUACGAUGA